ACUGUUGGUCAUGAUGAGGGGGCUGCUCGCACUCGGCGCGCUGUUUGUGGCCGUUUUCGGCAAGGACACGUUUGAGGGACAUCAGGUGCUUCGCAUAGUUGCAAAGGAUGAAGCCCAGCUUGCUCUUAUCAAGGACCUGGAGGACAUGAUGCAGUUUAAUCUGGAUAUCUGGAGGGGCGUAACUAAUGUUGCUAAUCCUGUGGAUAUCAGAGUCCCCUUUGAGAGCCUGCAGUCUGUCAAAAUGUACCUGGAGUCUCAGGACAUUGACUACUCCAUCAUGAUCAAUGAUCUGCAGGUAUUGCUCGAUGAGCAGCAGAAAGAGAUGGAAUCUGCUGCUCGUGUCGCUCAGCCCAAAAACACUGAUGACUUCGACUACACCAACUACCACACCAUCGAUGAGAUCUACAGCUUCCAGGACAUGCUUGUGGCUGAGAACCCCAACCUAGUCAGCAAGAUUGUGAUUGGUCAGAGCUACGAGGGUCGUCCCCUGAAUGUGCUCAAGUUCAGCACUGGAGGAACUAACCGUCCUGCCAUCUGGAUGGACACUGGAAUCCACUCCAGGGAGUGGAUCACUCAGGCUACCGGCACCUGGAUGGCCAAGAAGAUUGCGACUGAUUAUGGAACCGACCCUACUCUCACUGCCAUCCUCAACAACAUGGACAUUUACUUGGAGAUCGUAACCAACCCUGAUGGUUUUGCCUACACCCACAGCAGUAACCGGAUGUGGCGUAAGACCAGGAAGCCCAACCCCGGCUCUUCCUGUGACGGAGUUGAUCCCAACAGGAACUGGGAUGCUGGUUUUGGAAGUGCUGGUGCCAGUGGAGACCCCUGCUCAGAGACCUACCAUGGACCCUUUGCUCACUCUGAAUCUGAGAUCAAAUCUAUUGUGGACUUUGUGAAGGCUCAUGGAAACCUCAAGGCCUUCAUGUCUAUUCAUUCCUACUCUCAGAUGCUCAUGUACCCCUAUGGCUACACCAGUACACCUGUCAAGGACCGCGUUGAACUGCACAACCUGGCUAAGAGGGCUAUCACUCUCCUGGCCUCUUUGUAUGGUACAAGCUACACAUAUGGCAGCUUAAUCAGCACCAUCUACCGGGCUAGCGGCAUUACCAUUGACUGGACCUACAACCAGGGCAUCAAGUACUCCUACACCUUUGAAUUGAGGGACACCGGCCGCUACGGCUUCCUCCUGCCAGCCAGUGAGAUCAUCCCCACUGCUAAUGAGACCUGGCUGGCUGUGAUGGCCAUCAUGGAUCACACCUACAAUAACCCAUACUAAUCUGUGUGGUGUAUCUAAUUCUCUGUAGAGAAGAUAUUGUUGUAAGAGAGACCCCCCUAAAAUUUUUCUUUCAAAUUAAUGUCAUCAUCAACACAACCAGACAAAUUAAAGAGCA